AUGUCGGUUACAUCGGGUAUGUCUAGGUCUCGGACCUGUCAGGAUCUGGUGAAGGCGCUGAAGGAGAAGAUUGAAUCUGAAAGGGGGAAAGAUGCUUUUCCAGUGGCUGGCCAAAAACUAAUCUAUGCAGGUAAAAUCCUUAAUGAUGAUACAGCUCUUAAGGAAUACAAAAUAGAUGAGAAGAACUUCGUGGUGGUUAUGGUGACAAAACCCAAAGCAGCAGCUGCACCGACGCAGACGACUCCUCGAGAAGAGACGCCCGCCGAGAAAACACCUGAGGCCCCGUUUGCCAUCAGCCCGUCGUCGACUGACAGUACAGCAGGUGAUACAUCUCGAUCAAAUCUUUUUGAGGAUGCUAUAAGUGCACUUGUGACAGGUCAAUCCUAUGAGAAUAUGGUGACUGAGAUCAUGUCCAUGGGAUAUGAACGGGAGCAAGUAAUUGCUGCGCUGAGAGCCAGCUUCAACAAUCCUGACAGAGCGGUGGAAUACCUUUUGAUGGGCAUCCCCGGGGAUAACCAGACCGUGGCUGAGCCUCCCCAGGUAGCAAGCACGCAGACUCCAGCAGCAGGAACCGUGCCGACAACUACGAGCUCUUCAGGAGGACAUCCGCUUGAGUUUUUACGAAAUCAGCCUCAGUUCCAGCAGAUGAGACAAAUUAUUCAGCAAAAUCCUUCUCUGUUGCCAGCAUUGCUACAGCAGAUAGGACGGGAAAACCCUCAACUACUGCAGCAAAUAAGCCAACAUCAGGAGCAUUUUAUUCAGAUGCUGAACGAGCCAGUUCAAGAAUCUAGUCAAGGUGUAAGUGGUGGUGAAGGCAGCACUGAUGGAGUAGCAGAAGCUGGAAGUGGUCCCAUGAACUACAUUCAAGUAACACCUCAGGAAAAAGAAGCUAUAGAAAGGUUAAAGGCGUUAGGAUUUCCUGAAGGACUUGUGAUACAGGCAUAUUUUGCUUGUGAGAAGAAUGAAAACUUGGCUGCCAACUUUCUUCUACAACAGAACUUUGAUGAAGAUUGAAAAGGAGAGACUUUUUUUUUUUUAUCUCACACCUCACACCAGUGCAUUACAACAACUUUGUUCACUGGAUUGUCUGGAAUAUUUGGGCUGUCAUCCAUCAUGCUCAGUGUAUGGUAUAUGGAAGGGUGGGGGGAAGAGAGAUGAAAAUAUAG